UCUACCGUAUCACCUCGACCAAUCCUCAAACGUUCGCCUUCUGCUUGUCCCGAAAACGACUCAGAGCUUCCAUUCUACGGGAUUCAAGAAGUUCAUUUUCCACCUUCCCCCUCGCUCAGCCGUUUCUACAACGCUCAUCCUUCGUCUAUCUACGAUAGAUCUCCAAUCGUCGUUUCCGCGAAUACCUGCGCCCUCCCAGAACGAGGUUGCCCAGGUCGAACCUAUACCCUUGACGAACGUAAUUCCUCGACCUCACAACCUCCAAUAAUAAGUUCUGCUUUAUCUCCUCGCGGAGGGCAUUUUCAUCCUCGCGCCUUGAUGAACCAGAGACCAGCGCAGCAUCUGCAGAACGCAAUUCCUCCUCAUUGUCCGCCACUGAUACCUGACCUCUCCUCAGAAUCAGAGGAGUCUGAUGGUUUCAUCAGUCCACCUCCAGAAGCGUCCUUCGCCUCUUUGGGUCCA